UGUUGUUUGCCAAACCAUGUGGUCAGAGUACAAUCCAUUACUAUACACAUGCCUCAAGUCUUUACGGUGUAGCCUAGCUGCCGAUUGUCAGAUUUUCUUUACCUUUUUUCAAUUCUUAGGAUUCCCGUCUUCUGUGGGGAUUUAUCCUUGUGUGUGCCGUAGAUUUGAGGACCCAGUGGGGGUUUCGAUAGUGGGUGUUAUCGGGGAUCCAGGAUCUGAGAACCCAAUGGAGGGUUUGGUAUUUAGUAGUUGUGGGUUUGAUGGCCCAGCUGGGAUUUGCUCGUUGAGGCUUAGCAACAGCUGUCCAAGAGCCCUUGCCCUUGGAAGCUAGAAUGUUUUCGACUGUUACAAUGAAAAUUGGGCUUGUAAAGACCUGAUUGGCAAUUUUAUGCCUCAUUAAAAUUUACUAGUUGGGUUGUUGGUUAUGCAAUGGGAUUUGAUAUAUUGAGUGAUUGAUAGACUUAAGACAGGUGUUCAGGAUUGCUGUUAGGUGAUUGGAAGACCUAGUAUAGAUUUUUCAGAUAGACGCUUUGGUUGUUUCCAUCAAUUUGCUACCGAGGAGGGUUUUUUUGGGUGGAUUGUUGAAGUUGCUCCUUGAAUUAGUAGUUGUCAGGCAAAUACAGGCAUUUGAUUCGCUUUAUGUUUUGCUAGAUGAAUGUUUGAAAUUUGGGUGACGGAUUUUCUCGGUGAAUUGAUAUCAGACCAAUUAAAGUUUCAUGAUUCUGGCUGUAAGAUUCGCUCCGUGGGUUGCAUAUAGUGAUUGGCCGAUUCAGUAGAGAUAAUUUGGGUGAGCUAUUAUGUUGAGUGACUUUUGAGUGGAUGGCACAGAAUUACAAUGUGGGUUGGAUUUGAGCCAGAAAUUGCUAUUGAGUCAAUGCCACUGUAGUUUUCCAGGGUAACUGUGCUUCGUUCUGGUGGUUGAUUUUGGGACGAUGGAGUUGGGGGAUGGGCAUUCUGGAUCUGGCAAUGAGGAAAAUAAUGUUGAGGUGGGGGAGAAGUGUGAGAAAGUGGAAGAAAUGGCUAAAUUGAAGGAGGAAAGCAUAAUUACAAAUAAGGCUCGUCCAGAUCAGGUUGAAAAGACUAAGGGGAAAGGGCUGAAGAAAUGGAAGAGAAGGCGGCGAGAGACUAAUAAGGAUGUUGGACAUGUUCAGGAGCCACAGAGAAUGCUUCAUAAGAGAGUUAAUCCUCAUGCAGGACAAUUAGAUACAUCCAAGGGAGCAUCUAGUGGAAGCAAGCAGAAAAAUGAGAUAAUUGAGUCUGAACCCUCCGUUGGCAAUAAUAUUGCUGCAUCAUCAUCUAUUUUGGGAUUCACUCAUCCGGACCGGGAUUCGGAUUCAGGGUCGUGUUAUGCUGUCUUAAAUUUAUAUCCCAUUGGCUGUAGCGAAGACCAGAGCUUUACAAGCUUUCCAAAAGAUAUGGCUGAAAACUUAAUAGCAGAAGAACUUCUGAAUGAUAUCGAUUUUGGAUUGUUUGAAAAUAGAGAAGAAAUGAACUACUCACCACUUUAUGGGGAUGGAAUUGAGCUGCCAAUUGGCAUGAGGGCAUUUGAAUCUGGGGAUAUGAAGAGACCUGCAGGACCAACCAAGAAGGCGAGGGCAGAAAAGUUUGAGAGUAAUCUCAAUUCUGAAGAUCCCAUUCAUGAGCACGAUGACAGUAGCAUCAGUACAGGGAGAAUUGUACACAAAUGUGAAGGUAUUUCUGGAAACCAUGUUGAAGUUUUUCCUGCUACCUGUAUCUGGGAUUGUGACGGUCAGGAGAACUUGGAUGACCAUGGUGAAAGUUCGUGCAGCACGGCAAAUAAUAUUGGAAUCUCAGCUGUUAGUACUUCAGGUCACAUAAAUGCAGUGAUGACUAAGAGUGACAGAAAUUUAGUGGGCAGCAACAAACACGAGAGUCUAGAUGACUUCGCUGAGAGUUCCUGCAGCAGAGUAAAUAAUUUAGGAACCUCAGUAGUUAGAGCUUCAGGCCAUAGCAAGGCAGUCAUUGCUAAGAGUGGCAGUAAUACAAGCCUUGGGAAUAGGAAGUGGUCAACAGAAGAAUUUAAACUUUGGUGUGAAAACUUUGAACCUGAAAAUAGCUCGUUUGAGAGACAAGAUUGUGAGGAAGCUCAGAUUUUAGAGUCCGAGAUAUUAAAUGGUAGUCACGGUGAAUGUAGAGAAGGCGAAGAUAUUAGGGAGAAUCCAGUACUGACGUGUGAUGUUGCACACAACGAAGAGAGUUUUGCAUCUGCAGCUACUGCUGGUGCAAAAGAGAUGGAAGAGAAACCAGGUUCGCAAGCACAUGAAAAUGGUACACAUCUUCAACCUGGAGAAUCAGCUUGUUUGGUUCAAGCAUUGACACAACUUAAGACCGCCGAAGAGGCGCUACAGCAAGAAGUUCAACAAAUGAAAGAUCUAGGAAAACUAAAUGGACGAUUCCAGAUGAAGAAUUCUGACCAUGGCAUAUUUUCUGACAGUGAUAGUGUAAAUAAGCAUCUGUACAAGAAUGAUGAAUCUGAUGUAGCUAAUGGUUCUCAUGUGGUAGAAAUGGCUGAGAGAGAAUGGGCUUCCCCAGGAAGCCAACUCAAUAAGAUGAAUGAAAAGCUGAAAUUAUUACAGAAGGAACUUGAAUCAACAAACGAGAGAACAUUAUCGGAGCAAACAAACGUGAAGAAAUUUGAAGUCCCAAGCAAGGAUCAAGAAAUUAAAUACAAGGAAACCAAACCGCCAAGUGAGGGGGCUGUGAGUGAAUUACAAUUGGUGCAAGAUAAAUGCAAAGAAAUGGAAAGGGAGUUGGAAGAACAAUAUAAAGAGAAUAUGCAAGCUGAGAUAGAAUAUCUGAUUUUAAAUAAUGCAGCCAUAAGAAGUGUUUCUUUGGCGGAAAAUGGAACGUUUCCUGUGCAGAUGAAGGGUUCUGAACUUGGCAUAUGUUCUGACAGUGAUAGUAUAAGUAAGCAUCUCAACAAGUAUGAUUCAUUUAAUGUACCUAAUGGUUCUCAUGUGGAGGAAAAAGCUGAGAGAGAAAGGCCUUUGGAGGGAAACCAACUCAAUAAGGAACUUGAAGCAGCAAACAAGAGAACAUCAUCAGAACAAACAAAAGUGAAGGAGCUUGAAGUUCUAUGCAAGGAUCAAGAGAUUAAACAGAAGGAAACCAAACUGCCAAGUGAGGGUUCUGCAAGUGAAUUGCAAUCAUUGCAAGAAAAGUGCAAAGAAAUGGAAAAGGAGUUGGAAGAACAAUAUAAAGAGAGUAUGCAAGCUGAGAUAGAAUUUCUAAUGUUAAGUGAUGCAGCCACAAGAAGCAUUGCUUUGGUGGAAAACGAAACAUCUCUUUUGCAGGAACAGAAAGAUCUGGUCAUCAAACAGCUUCAAACUGCUUUGAAGCUUAAAGAUGCUGAAGGUCGUGCACUCUCAUUGAAGGACCAAGUAACAGAAUUGGAGAAUGCUUGUGGGAGUUUGUUAGAAGUGGAAGAGGUUAUUACAUUACACAACAAAGUGUGCAGAUCUAGUUUAUUCUCUUUCAUUCAAUUUAUUUUGUUUUGUGUGGCCAUUCUUUUAAUGUUUUCACAGUCCCCUAAUGUGCCAAACUUGGUUCCAACCUAAUAAUGCGAGUGUAGAUUAUAGUUUAUUUCUAGGAAUAACUGAAGAGUUGUUGGGCCCUCCUAGGAGCCCUGCAUUUUUAAUGUAAAUCUUUUUGGUGUCUAUGAUGAAUGCUUGCUCAUUUUAGCGAGCAGCUCUAAAAAGGUAGCACAGUUGAGGUCAAAGAGCAGGUAAUAAUAUCUGGGAUAGUUAUCAAUAUGGUCCCAAAUGUUUUGUAAAUUAUCAUUACUCUAGUUAUUGAUAUUUUUUACAUAUUGCAUAAUUA